AUGGCGCACAUAUUUCGCGACACGACAAUCGGCAUCCUCAUCCGAUGGGCAUCGAGGGGUUCCCUCCUCAAGUACCCUGAGGAAAAGGGAGAUUUCCAAUGUCCCAUGUGCUACAACCCCCCUAUGACAGAGUCAACACCAGCUCCUAGCCAUCACGAAGACACACACGAUGAGACAGACACACACCCCGAAAAUGAAGCACACAUUGACAGACCGGCAACGCCCUCCACCGAGGUCGACUCCUCAGACGAUGAACUAGAGACGGGGGAGCUCUCGAAAAUCAUGUCCCGGCCACAGAUGUCGCACGUUGAAACGAGAGCUUCCCUCGCACAAGCAUACUCCGACGCAAUUCUCCAAGAGAGUGUACGUCAAACACACACCAUCAUCCAGCCCAAGACGAAGAACGGCGUCAUCCUAGUAGACUGGUACCAUACCGACGACCAGGAGAACCCGCAAAACUGGUCGUCAGGGCGAAAAACGCUGGUCGUCCUCCAGAUAUACAUGUACACUCUAGCCGUGUACAUUGGUUCCGCCAUCAUCACCCCCUCCCAGCCGUAUAUCGAGGAGCAAUUCCACGUCACGCCGGAAGUCGCAUCACUAGGCCUGUCUCUCUACGUGCUUGGCUACGGAGUCGGCGCGCUGGUCUUCUCCCCGUUAUCUGAGAUUCCGGCCAUUGGCAGAAAUCCACCGUACAUUAUCACGUUUGGUAUCUUCAUCGCGCUUUCGAUUGGGGUCGCUGUUGUGAACCACUUUCCGUGGUUGAUUGUGCUACGUUUUCUGCAGGGGUUCUUUGGUUCGCCGUGCUUGGCUACUGGUGGUGCGAGUCUUGGGGAUGUGUUUAAUUUAAUGCAGUUGCCGUAUGCGCUUACCGGCUGGGCUGCUUUCGCAACAGCAGGUCCUGCGCUGGGUCCCCUAAUAUCCGGGUUCUCUGUCCCAGCGACAAACUGGCACUGGUCUUUAUGGGAGAUAGUCUGGCUCGCUGGCCCCGUGUUCGUCUUCAUGGUGAUAUUCAUGCCCGAGACAUCUACUCCUACGAUUUUGCAAAAACGUGCCCGUCGUCUUCGUCGACUUACAGGAAAAGAUGUCCUCCGCUCUCAAUCCGAGAUAGACCAGGCGAAUCUCAAAGUCAGUGAGGUAGUUGUGCAGAGUCUCUGGCGCCCCCUGCAAAUCAACCUCCUCGACCCGUCCGUCCUCUUCACCAGCCUCUACAUCGGUCUGAUGUACGGCAUCUUCUACUCCUUCUUCGAAGUCUUUCCCUUCGUGUACGCCACUGGUCUUCCAGGUCGAGCUUCUCCCACUGACGGCUACGGCAUGAACGCCGGCGAAAUCGGCCUCAUCUUCCUCUCCAUCAGCGUUGGCGUUUCCAUAUCUAUAGUUCUAUACGCCACAUAUCUUAGGAAAGUGUUUGAGCCUAGUAUUCGGACACAAGGGCUGGGCGAGCCGGAGCGCCGCCUGGUUCCCGGACUGCCAGCCAGUUUCCUCGUGCCGAUUGGGUUGUUCGUCUUUGGCUGGACGGGGAACUCGAGUCCCGAUAUUCCGUGGAUUGUGCCGACCAUUGGUAUAACGAUUAUCGUGAUUGGCAUAUUCAUCGAGUUUCAGGUCGUGUUUAUCUAUCUGGCGCUGAGUUAUCCGCAGUAUAGCGCGAGCUUGUUUGCGGCGAAUGACUUUGUGAGGAGUUCGUUGGGAUGUGCGGCUAUUCAUUUUUCGCGUCCGCUGUUUAUCAAUUUGGGGGUUGGGAAGGGUGUGAGUUUGUUGGCUGGGCUGAGCUGUGGAGGUGUCAUUGGGAUAUUUGUGCUGUGGUAUUUUGGGAUGGCGUUGCGGAAGAGGAGUCGGUUUGCGGCCAAGUAA